AUGCUGUCCCGCUCAUUGAAUCCUCUUCGAGCAGUAGCAUGUAGCAGGCCGGCUCUUUCCAAACGAGAUUCCCACACAAUUUGGUAUCCGGAUGCGAAAUUCGAAAGACAGUUCAAGACCGGUGGAACGCUCGGGAAACUUUGGAUGUCAGAGAGAGUGUCCGAUUUCGACGAGAAAAUUGGACUAGACAAGUUGGAAAAACUUGCAUACACCGAUCCGGUGCUCAGCGACAAUUAUGAGGGGAAGAAAAGAGAGAAAAGUUUAGAAAACAUGAUCCUCAAUUUCGGUCCUCAACAUCCGGCUGCUCACGGAGUUCUCCGACUUGUACUGAAACUUGAAGGAGAAGUAAUCCUAAAAGCUAUUCCUCACAUCGGACUUCUUCAUCGUGCCACCGAAAAACUUAUCGAGCACAAGACAUACACACAGGCUCUUCCUUAUUUCGAUCGUCUUGAUUACGUUUCGAUGAUGUGCAACGAGCAAGCUUUCGCAUUGGCGAUUGAAAAAUUACUCGGAAUCGACAUUCCACCCAGGGCCAAAUACAUUCGAACUCUCUUUGGCGAGCUGACUCGAAUUCAAAAUCACAUUAUGGGUAUCACAACUCACGCUCUCGAUAUUGGAGCGAUGACGCCGUUUUUCUGGAUGUUCGAAGAGCGUGAGAAGCUCUUUGAGUUCUCGGAACGAGUUUCCGGUGCCAGAAUGCACGCUAACUACGUUCGCCCAGGAGGAGUAGCCUGGGAUCUUCCAAUCGGAUUAAUGGAUGACAUCUAUGAUUGGGCUUUCCCUGCACGAAUCGAUGAAUUGGAAGACAUGCUCACCGAGAAUCGCAUCUGGAAAGCUAGAACAAUUGACAUCGGCUUGGUAUCUGCUGCUGAUGCUCUCAACUGGGGAUUCAGUGGUGUUAUGGUUCGUGGAAGUGGAAUCAAACAGGAUGUUCGAAAAACGGAGCCGUACGAUGCCUACGCUGAUAUGGAGUUUGAUGUUCCUAUUGGCACAAAAGGAGAUUGUUAUGAUCGUUAUCUGUGCCGUGUGGAAGAAAUGCGACAAUCCUUGAAUAUUGUUCACCAAUGCCUUAACAAGAUGCCCACUGGAGAAAUCAAAGUCGACGAUCACAAAGUGGUUCCACCAAAACGUGGAGAAAUGAAGGAGAACAUGGAGUCGCUUAUUCAUCACUUUAAAUUCUUCACCGAGGGUUUCCAAGUGCCGCCCGGUGCCACAUAUGUUCCAAUUGAAGCACCGAAAGGAGAGUUUGGAGUGUAUUUGGUGGCUGAUGGAACAGGAAAACCGUAUCGUUGUUUCAUCCGCGCACCAGGAUUUGCUCAUUUAGCUGCUAUUCAAGACGUUUGUUACAUGUCACUCAUCGCCGAUAUUGUUGCAGUAAUCGGAACCAUGGAUAUCGUUUUCGGAGAAGUUGACCGAUAA